AUGGCUGUUGCACUCAUGGAGUGGCCACCGCCCCUUGGGCAGCCGGAAGAUUCGUCGCAUCAAGAAGAGAAUGAAGAGCAGACUUCUUCCUUGACAGACCGAGACUAUGUAACACUGCAGAACUUGAAGACGCCGCUCCUUCAACUACCUCCCGAGCUCCUGUUCGAUAUCCUCUCUUAUCUCCCAGCACUCGAUCUUGCUCGGGUCUCCGAAUCAUGCCGUGUGCUAUCUCAACAUGCGAACAAUGACCUUCUCUGGGCGAACUUGGUCAAUUCGAAUCUUCCAUAUCCGAUUCACGACCCUGGGAUUUUCGACUCCUUCCGCACACUCUACAUCACCCAUUACCCAUAUUGGUUUAUCCCGCGAAACAAGGUGUGGUUCUCGGAUACAGAGCACACCGGCAAUCUCAUAUUGGCCCGGUAUGAUAACCGGCGGGGAGUUAUCGAGGCAUACAGGGUGACUACAGAGAGGCGGUCAUCAAAAUUCCAGGUCUGGGAAUGGAACCCUGAUGUUGUGAUUCAGGCAUUCGAGCCUAAAGUGAGCCUGUGGCUUGAUGAUCCUAUCCUUCUUCUGCAAAAGGCUCCAGACGGACGACGGAAGUAUCUUGACUGUGAGAACCGAAUGACGAUGCCCGUCGAAGUCCAAUACAUUUACAACGCGAUUUCUCUCUGCCGGCCGGCGGACCCCGAACGGCUCACCGAAGACACACAGUGGCCGCCGGCGAAUAUUCCUAGUGAUCACCGCGUUUACCGCAAUCCAGAAGUCCAUUGGAAGGAAUGGAACCGCGUGCCUCAACAAUUGUCCCAAAUAUCAGAGUACGCCUUCCGAAUCCGGCGAUGGGCGCAUUUCCGCUUGGGCUUGCCAAUGUUCACCGCAGGACAGCAAGAAACCAUGUCAACCUACAGCACUCUUGAUCCAAGUCUGUACACCCCUACUAAAGAAAAGCCAUACCAGGGGAUCUGGGUAGGUGAUUACUCCGCACACGGAUGUGAAUUCCUAUUGUUCCUACAGCGGGACCAGGAAGGCGAGGAUCAGGAUGCCCGCGACCCAGAGAACGAUGAUAUCAUCCAGAGGGGAAGCCUAAAGGCCGUGAAGCUCACCGGUGAUCCCAAUGUCCCUCGAGGUCAAUUCUCGUUCGUAUCAGACGACAUCGGGCCCGGCGGCACAGUCCGCAUUGCAACCGAAGCCCUCUUCCACGGCGCAAGGGUGGUGCGUAGUAGAGGUCAUGUUGCAGGGCUCGGCUUUAGAGAUGAUACGUUUAUAACAUCCCAGCUUAUCCUCGUAUCGCCUGACUGCGUCGCCCACUACUGGGAGUCCAUGGGCCACAUCACAUAUUACCGUCGCUUGGACAUUGACGGCCUCAUCCGGACAUGA